AUGGCUAGAUACGCAGCUGUUCCAGCAAACCCAGCUAAGUCUGCUUCCGCUAGAGGCUCAUACUUGAGAGUUUCUUUCAAGAAUACCAGAGAGACCGCACAGGCUAUCAACGGAUGGAAAUUGGAGAAGGCCAAGAGCUACUUGGAUGCCGUUCUCGAUCAUAAGAGAGCCAUUCCUUUUAGAAGAUACGAGCACUCUAUUGGUAGAACCGCACAAGGUAAUGAAUUUGGUAUCACCAAGGCCAGAUGGCCUGCAAAGUCCGUCAAGUUCAUCCAGAACUUAUUGAUCAACGCUGAGUCUAACGCCGAGGCCAAAGGUUUGGACACUUCUAAAUUGAUCAUUUCUCACAUUCAGGUUAACAAGGCCCCAAAGAUGAGAAGAAGAACAUUCAGAGCUCACGGUAGUAUUAACGCUUACCAAUCUUCCCCAUCCCAUAUUGAGAUUAUCUUGACUGAGGAGGAGGAGACUAUUGCCAAGGCCAAGGAGGAUAAGGUUGCUUCAAAAUUGAACUCCAGACAAAAGGGUAGAUUUGCUCAGCAGAAGAGAUUGACUGCUGCUUGA